AUGCUCCUCAACUUCCCCACUGAGCUGAUCCAGCUCGUACUCUGGAACUGUGAUCCACCAGCCUAUUUGCAGGCGGCGUUUACCAGUCGCAGACUAUUUGAAAUUGCCUACAGCAACAGAGAGAUCAUUCUGCACCAGCUGUAUCAGACUCCCGGCCUCACCGAUGGCCUUGAAGCUCUUCAGACCAAGGCACUGUUUAGCUUGCUCCUGAAUAGGUCCUUCGCGCAACUCUAUGGCGCCGAAUUCUAUGCAGAUCGCCGAGUCUUUGAUUUCCAGAACCGAGUGAUCGACAGUCGUGCGUCCACGCUGGAAACUUCGAAGGAUUGGGAUAGAGUGCUUCUUGUAUUCAAAGGUCAUAGCACCGUUCAUCUUUUUCGCAUGGAAGACGGUAAAUUGACCCUUGAAGAUCGAUUUCAACCUCCUGGAAGGCAUCUGGGGGAUAUACAGGUCCUCCGCACUGCGUUCGAUAGGGACCGUGGGGUGUAUGUGCUGCAUCGAUUCAAACCUUUCGAAGACCACAAUCUGGAUACAAACCAUCCGUUUGUCAAACAUGCGCAGCAGUCCAACUCCCACGGCAGCAUCUUUCUGGCUUACCAUGACCCGACGUCGGAGACAGGGGUAAUUCGCAUGUGUGCCUUUCCAGACCACGAGGGCUACGAGCCUGUCGCUUUUUCUGCCCACGAGGAUCGAUUUGCAAUUUCCUGGUUCCAUACCAACAAGAUGAAUGACCGUGAAGUUGUCCUUUACACUAUCAAGCAGCCAGGCAGGGAGGAAGAGAAUGAAUGGGAUAGUGGUAAUGAGUCUGGGGCAUCUCAUAUCACUUAUGUGACCUAUGAGCCAUAUGUUCUAGCGGAAACAAACGAGGAGGGAUCAAGUGACGACAUGCUCUCGGAGAAAGGACUGACGGUGGGAUUAUCAUUCAAUGAUCGAGGUCUACAGUUGCUCCACCAUUACCGAGCUCAGUCUCUGUACGGUUCCUUCCAGAGAAUACACUCGGUCCCUUUGCUCGGUCAGCAUAAACCGAGGCUGGUCGAGAAUGCAUGUAUUGUAUCUUUCUCUCACCAGCUGUCCCUCCGGUUUUCAAUCGGUAUUCCAUUCUUUGGUACCCAUGAAACCGGCGACAUAAACCAGGGAGUUAGAUGCCAUUGGCAAUACCUUGCUUUAGGGAUUGCUACGCACCGGGUGGAAAAUUGGACUGUCGCGUGUCUCUUGAAGUCCCAGGCCCACUGUCAGGUUCGGCAUUGUGGACACACAUUGAACCUCGACCGCGGAAGAAGAUUUGACAACUGGGAAAUCAUGGCGCAGCUUGGAGAUUUCAAGGAGUUGAGCACGUCUCCAGGGUCUCGCGUGGCCGCAUCACGUCAGGGAACUCGGAUAGCCGUUGCAAAUUGGAAGACACUUUACAUCUGGGCACUAGAGCCACAGGUCCUGAUCGAGGACAACAACAAUGGCUUCUAUCCGCCUGCUUGGCGAUCUCCAAGCUCUGGCAUACUUGAGCUGCGACCCGCCGCCCUCCAGUUGGACGCGGUAUGCUCUCAAAUGAGAUUCACCCAAAAAGAGGAUGAGCUGGUUUUGAUCACCGACCGUGGGCUCAUGUAUUUGGAUCUUGGCCCCAAUGGCAGAGGUACGCAGAUCCUCGAUAGCCAUGGACAUGGGAUCAUGGAGGACAAUCGUCCCUGA